AUGGUCAAGCUGUUUUCGAGAAAGAUCGACCAGCUGGCGGAGGGAGCAGGUGUGGGAGGGGGUGCCGACCACGAGGGAGGAGGCGAGAAGACGGGACGCGUUGCGACAGGGGAAACAAAGGCUGUCGAGGAGCAGGAGGGCGGAGCGGCUGCGCAGGAGGGUGGGGUCGGAGGGCAGCAGCAGGUGGUGGGUGAGGCGGCUGCGCAGGAGGGCGGGGCAGGAGGGCAGCAGCAGGAGGGCGUGGCGGCUGCGCAGGAGGGUGGGGCAGGAGUGCAGCAGCAGGAGUUUAGGGUUGCGGCUGCGCAGGUGGGUGGGUCGGGAGAGCAGGAGCAGGAGGACGGGGAGGCUGCUGAGGAGUAUCGUCGAGGAGAUGAGCGACAGGCCGCCGUAACAAGGAGUCACCGCACGGCCAGUGGCAGCGGACAGGUGGGCCCUUCGACCGGGUGGCCUUCGACGGCAGGCCAAUCGACGGCGAACGUUGCACCCGGAGGCCAGGUCGUCGAGCUACUGCAGAGGGUCGAGAAGUCGUCGAAGAGCACACUGUCGAAGUGCGCCGAGGCUGUGAAGGGUGUCACGGCGGAGAGGAACCUGUUGGAAGGGGCGCGGGCGAAGAUCGACGAGAUGAGCGGGAAGAUCAUCGAGGGGGUGGUAGCCGCCAUCACAAAAGCGAGCGAGGACGCAGUCGAGAAGCAGCUCAAGCAGGUCGAGGAGCGGCUGGUUGCUGCGGUGCUGAAGGGUUUCGAGAAAGCCAUCAUGGAGGACAUGUUUUGCUCCACCCUCCCACCCGAGACCAUGAAGGAGCUGAAGGACAUUGUGAGGGAAGGCUACCAUGAAGCCGAAGCAGGGAGGUUGGAAGUCCUCACCGAAGCGAUGGCGAGAGGUUUUCAACGCUCGGCGGGCCCGUCGACGAGGUCGCGUCAGGAGGGUGUGGGAGGGGUUCGCAGCGGGGCUGAGCCUCGAGGUCACGAGCGGUCGGUUCCUCCGUCUUCUUCGGUGGGAGGACAUGUCGGCAGCCCGGUUGGAUCCCCACCGGCGCGUGGCCGUCAUCCCGUCGCCAAGCCCGUCCCCAAAGUCAUCGUACUCGACCAGUCAGCCCUCCCGAAGAUCUCCGUAGCGGCUCCGAUCGAUCAACCUGAUGUGUUUGCUUCGAUGCGGGACAUGCUGCAAGACCUGGGGAAAACGGGUGGGAAAGGAGUGGUCGCGGGGGAGAAAAGUGGUACCCCGAACGAGCACGUCGCCUCGACCGGGAACAGAGCCCUAGGAAUGCGAGGUGCCUCUACCCCGUCAGGCGGCGGUGCGGGGAAAGGAGCGGGAGAAGCAAGCGUUGGGUUGCUGUCGAAGACUAAAGCGGCAUCAGCUACGCACGGCGGUGGUGCUGGCCUUGCUGUCGGGCUUGUGGGAAAUUUGGCGUCUUCCUCAACCCCUCCAGUUGCUCCUGUCGCCGCUGCUCCGUCCCUAGGCAACGUUUGCCUUAGCGAUCCGGGCUCCCCUUCAAAGUCGUCGAAGCGCGCUGCACACGCGACAGAGAGCAUUGACGUGGUGGAGCUGGCCAGCGUCCCUGGUCAGGCGCCUGUCGAGAAGACCUCUAUUGUUGUUGCUGCUCGACAGGAAAAGGCGAAGAAGGCCAGGGUCACGGGUCACACCCCACCUCCUCGACCGGACGACCAAGGCAAGACGAGAGGCUGCAAACGUCCCUUCAAAGGACCGGGUUUCGGGUUGCGGAAGGGGAAGCUGGUUUCCGAGCAGACCGUCGGCGGGAGGAAGCGGUUCCUUGGCACUUUUGAAACAGAGAAGGACCAGAAGUUCUGUACGGCCGUCUGCUGGCGCGUGUACUUCCCCGAUGUUGUCCUUACGGAGUAUGAAGGGUACACGGCGCAGGAUGAGGAGGACUGGAAGGUCUACCUCGAUGCGGCCGCAGAAAUGCCAACCGGCGUUUGGAGCGUGGCGCAAGAACAAGGGGAAUGUCGUUUCGACGAGAAGUUGUCGAGGGAGGAUAUUAAGAAGGACGCCCUAGCUGCCGCAAAUGCGGCGAUCUACGCCCCGGAGACUCCAAAGAAGGCUUGUGUGGCUGCCAUGUCCGCCCUCGUGUCCAUACUUUUGCACGUCGGCAAGACGUUCCCGGCGAAGCAGUGGCCCGAUCACCUGUAUUCGUCGGCUGUCGAAGGUCUUGGCUCGACGGACGCCAUAUUGCUGCAGAUGCUGCGCGUGGCAGCACAGGUCUGUACGCAAUGGUGCUGCUGUCGAGCUGCUGCCCGCUUGCUGGAGGACGCGGGCUAUGGCAGCCUGGCUAUGCCAGAAGAAAAGAGCAAGGCGAAGCAGGGCGUCGAGGAUGCAGCUGAGACGGAAACGAGCGGGCAAGGGGAGUAG